CCAGGAGAGUGAGUGGAGCGUCUGCAAGGAGAGUGGAUGUGAUGUGAAGUUGGGGGCUUUCUGCUGAAUUAUCCAACGGGAUAAACAGGCCACUGAAAUGUUUUGGUGCCCGAUUAACAAGAAAUUUAAGAAGAAGGAUUACUGCUGUAAUAAACUCAUCCUGUGCUGCACAUUUCUGCUGUAAUGGACGCAGGCAGCUGCUGAGCACUGGUUGCUCCAUAUUGUCUGUCUGGAUUUACCUGCCGGUCAGGAUUUAUGAAGAUGGCAAACCCUAUCCAGUGGGCACGUUACAGAUGGCAGAGGUUGCUCUCCACAGAUAGGAGGAACAAUACUUACACUUCAUCAUCAUUCCCUGGAUGGUUCAAAACCUCCCGAUCACAGAAAACUGGUCACAAACAUCGAACAGUAAUUCCCUGCCUUGGUAGAUUCACUGAAGAAUAUGAAAAGGUCAUCAAAAAUUACAUGACCAAUAGGAUUCAAACAACCAAGUAUACUUUGCUGAAUUUUAUUCCAAUGAAUUUAUUUGAGCAGUUUCACAGGGCUGCAAAUCUUUACUUCCUGUUUCUAGUGAUUCUGAAUUGGGUGCCAUCAGUGGAAGCAUUUCAAAAGGAGAUAACAAUGUUGCCAUUGGUUGUGGUUCUUGCAAUUAUUGCAGUUAAAGAUGGGAUUGAAGACUACAGGCGCUACAAAUUUGACAAACAAAUAAAUAACCGAACGACUAAAGUAUACAACAAGCAAGCAAAAAAGUAUUGUUCGAAAUGGUGGAAGGAUGUUCGCGUAGGGGAUUUUAUUCGAUUAACUUGCAAUGAGAUCAUCCCUGCAGAUAUGGUGUUGCUGUACUCCACUGAUGUCAAUGGGAUCUGCCACAUUGAAACCUCCAAUCUGGAUGGAGAGACCAACUUGAAGCAGAGACAGGUGGUGAAGGGAUUCACAGAGCUGGACUCUGAUGCUGACCCUGAGAGGUUCACCAGUAGGAUUGAAUGUGAAGGUCCAAACAAUGACCUAAGCAAGUUCAAAGGCUAUAUGGAGCACUUGAAUAAAGAGCAGGUUGCUCUUAGUAAAGAAAACCUUUUGCUUCGAGGUUGUACCGUUAGGAACACCGAGGCUGUUGCAGGAAUUGUAGUUUAUGCAGGACAUGAAACAAAAGCAAUGAUGAAUAAUAGUGGCCCACGCUAUAAACACAGCAAACUAGAAAGACAACUUAAUAGAGAUGUUCUUUGGUGUGUGGCACUACUGUUGGUGAUGUGCCUCAUUGGAGCAUUUGGUCAUGGGAUUUGGUUAAAUGGCUAUUCACAGGUCCCUACUUUUAGCAUUCCACAGCCAGAUGGAGAAUAUACUCCUCCAGCACUGGCAGCGUUCUACAUAUUCUGGACCAUGAUUAUUUUACUGCAGGUGCUAAUACCAAUUUCAUUGUAUGUGUCAAUUGAAAUUGUCAAGCUGGGCCAAAUACUUCUCCUCCAGAGUGAUAUUGACUUAUAUAAUGAAAGCACAGAUUCAACCAUCCAGUGCCGAGCUUUAAAUAUCACUGAAGAUCUGGGACAGAUUGAAUACGUUUUCUCAGAUAAGACUGGAACGCUAACUGAGAAUAAAAUGAUCUUCUGCAGGUGCACCGUUGCUGGAGUUGAGUAUUCCCAUGAGGAAAAUGCAAAAAGAUUGGAGUUAUAUCAGGACGUUAACUUUGAGGAUUUAUCCAACCCUUUACUGGGAUCUGCAUAUAAGUGUCAACAUUCGGACAGCUACAGAUCUCUCGCUGUGCUACGGAGCCAUAACUCAUUGAAUUGCUUAACUGCUAAUCGAUCGACACUGAAGGAGAAAGAUGCUUGUGAAGAUGAACGUGAAAUUACUGCAAGUGCUUCUCAAGUGGCAUUCAGCAGCUCAAUUGAAAGGGAUGUUACACCAGAUUCUCGGCUUCUACGGAAAUUCGAACGAAUCAUGUCUCACCCACUUGACCUGUUGGAAGAGACGGGGAAGGAACUGCCCUUGGAAUUCACCUACAUUGUUGACUUCUUUCUUGCCUUGACCAUCUGUAACACAGUUGUUGUGUCAUGUCUUAAUCAGCCAGGGCAGCGGGUAAGAGUACCUUCGGUCACCAAUACUCCAAUAAAGUCCUUGGAGGAGAUAAAACAAAUGUUUCAAAGAUUCUCCGUGCCUCGAGUGAGCUCACCUUCUCUUUCAAGUGGAAAAGAUACAUCUACCGAAAGUCCAAGUACUUUUGCUAGCAGAUUAUUAAAUAGAGUGAAGCCGGCUUCACCCAGUGCACUCAAGGAACAAAAUGAAGCUGCUGCUGGAUCAGCCAAGGAUUUCAAAGCCACUAGUUGUCAAGUUCCAGCUGAGGAAUGUCCGGAAGAAUCUGAUAAAACUGCAGGCAGUUUAUCUACGGAUCCGGGCACAUCUGCAGAGCAAUGCAAUAAUUCUAAAUUGCGCUAUGAGGCUGAAAGCCCAGAUGAAGCUGCGUUGGUACAUGCAGCGCGAGCCUACAAUUGCACUUUAGUAUCCAGGACUUCAAAUCAAGUCACUGUGGAGCUUAGCAACAUAGGACGAUUACAGUUCCAACUCUUGCACACCUUACCAUUUGACUCAAUUAGAAAGAGGAUGUCUGUGGUAGUGCGACAUCCAUUGAAUAAUAAAGUAGUUGUUUAUACAAAGGGUGCUGAUUCAAGCAUGAUGGAUCUUUUGGACAAUUCAGGUCACAGACAUCAGAAAGCAAUUCAGGAAAAGACACAGAAUUACUUAGAUGAAUAUGCCAAGGAUGGUCUCCGUACUCUUUGCAUUGCUAAGAAGGUGAUGAAUGAUGCUGAAUAUGCAGAAUGGCUAAAAUUCCACCUCUCAGCAGAGACUAGUAUUGACAACCAAGAGGAGCUCCUACUUGAAUCAGCUCUUAAACUUGAAACUAACCUGACUCUGCUAGGUGCUACAGGCAUUGUAGAUCGCCUACAAGAAGGUGUCCCUGACACAAUUAUGGCACUUCGAAAGGCAAACAUCAAGACAUGGGUCCUUACUGGAGACAAACAGGAAACUGCCGUUAACAUUGCUUAUGCCUGUAAACUCCUGGAACAAAAAGACAACAUUUUCACUCUUAAUGCACAAAACAAGGAAGCAUGUGAAGACUUGAUUAAUAAGAUUAUGGCAGAAAUCACAGAACAAACCACUGAUGAAAAAAACACACCUGGUGCUGGCUUUCUUCCAUCCUCUUCGUCUGAUGGGGCCGAGCUUCAUAUCGCUCUGGUAAUUGAUGGAAAGACUUUAGAAUUUGUAUUGCAUGAGAGUCUGCAAGAUGCAUUUCUGGAACUUACUAAAAGAUGCCGUGCUGUUAUAUGCUGCAGAUCGACACCAUUGCAGAAGAGCAAGGUGGUCCAUCUGGUGCGGGAUAAACUGAAAGUCAUGACUCUAGCAAUAGGUGAUGGUGCCAAUGAUGUUAAUAUGAUUCAAGUGGCUGAUGUUGGAAUAGGAAUCUCAGGCCAGGAAGGAAUGCAGGCAGUAAUGUCCAGUGACUUUGCAAUUUCUCGAUUUAAGCAUUUAAAGAAAUUGCUGCUUGUUCACGGUCACUGGUGCUACAUCCGACUUGCAAAUAUGAUCCUUUACUUCUUCUAUAAGAAUGUGGCUUAUGUCAAUCUACUGUUCUGGUACCAAUUCUUCAGUGGAUUCUCUGGUGCAUCUAUGAUUGAUUAUUGGAUUCUCAUCUUCUUCAAUCUCCUCUUCACAUCUGUUCCACCAAUUGUCUACGGCAUCCUGGAUAAAGAUGUUUCUGCAGAAACGUUGCUCCAACUUCCAGAACUUUACACAAGUGGCCAACGUUCAGAGGCCUACUUACCAUCGAUAUUUUGGAUCUCCAUUCUGGAUGCUUUUUAUCAAAGCCUCGUUUGCUUCUUUGUUCCAUAUUUUGUUUACUCUGGGUCAGAUGUGGAUAUCUACACAUUUGGAACACCUAUCAACACUGCAAUGUUGUGCAUAAUAUUUUUGCACUUAAUAAUAGAAGGCAAGACUUGGACUUGGAUUCAUUGGACUGUAAUGUUAGGCAGUCUUCUUUUUUAUUUCGUGUUUACGUUAAUCUACGGAGGAACUUGUAUAAACUGCAACCCUCCGUCGAAUCCAUAUUGGAUCAUGGAAUAUCAACUGACAGAACCACUCUUCUACCUGAUCUGCGUCCUUUCCACAUUGAUAGCUUUGCUGCCCAGGUACUUCUUUCGGGUUUUCCAGGGAACAGUAUUCCCGUCUCCACUGCUCAAGGCUCGUCAGCUGGACAGGCUGAGAGACGAAGAACAUAAAGAGACAAUCGAGGAGUGCAGGAUGUCCAGCCAGUCUGUGCAGCACCCAUUGUAGGGGUCCUCCGCACCACCAGCCAUAUGGACAACGUAAUUAUUUCAAGAAGAAAGCUGCUCUGACCUAAGCCCUUUCUCUGAAGUUUCAGGAGCCAUAACAUAGCUGUGAUUCCACUGAAUGAAAUAGCAAAAGAAAGUAGUGACAUAUUUGGCCAGAGACUGAAUAUUUUACUUAAACGAGGAAAGACCCUGCUUUUCUGCAAGAGCCACACAUGGUGAAUGCUGUCUUAUAUGGGUUGGAUGCACCCAUGACUUCAGAUGAGAGCAAUCAAGGAGCGGUUUUACAAUCUAAAAAUGCAAAUACCUCCACACCAAUCUGAGGUGAGACUGAUGAGUUGUCAGAAUUCCCUCUGGCUUUGUGCUUACAUUAUCCAUUGGGAAGAUUUAGAGGUAAAAAACCAUUUGUUACAUCUCUUCCUAUGGAUGAAGAAGUAAAUUCUUUUGCCAGUAUUUGCUAUAACAUUUUGUUUUUGGAACCUACAAUCUGAGCUGCUUUGCUGAAGGGCAUUCUCUGAAAUAAUACUCUACAGUGAGAAAUAGGGUGCCCGAUAGAAUUCAGAUCAAUACCCAGAGUUCCCCAAGGAGUGAGCUCCUGAUGUCAAUCAUGUUGCUAAGGGCAGUUGCAGUGUGGAAUGUAGGACUUCCCCACAGAACAAAUGGCAUUUCCUUGUCUCCUUUUAGACUAACAAGGAAUGUAGCACUGAAAUUCAACUUCCAGUCAGCAACGACCCAAAAGGACAAAUAUAGUGAGGCAGCCUUGGGUUAAACUAUUGGUAUUCCAUUAAACUCAGUGUGCAAUUCAUUCUUGUAUAUUAUUACUGCUAAUAACAUAGCUUCUCAAAGCCAAAUUAAGGCUAUUUAAUGAAUCCAAUGCAAAACAAAUGAUGGUCCUUUUAUGAUGGACAUGUGCCAAGAAUUUUUUGUUUUUCAGUUCAGGUGUGUCAAAUAGUGAAACAAACCAAAACAUCUAUUUAGCAUGAAAUGGGCCACUGUGGCCUGGAAUUUCCUGAAAAUUUAUGCCAUUAUAUCCUUAACACAAAUUUAACUCAGAAGUUUAAUGAAACUCGAGCAAAAGCAACUCUUGCCAAUUUUAACACCCUCUAUCUUUUAUGUCAUUUCUGCAGAAUGUCUAUUGCCUACUUAAAUUGGUUCUACCUACAUGCAAUCAUUGAUGCCAGUUCAACACAAAUUAGGCCCAAAAGGAUCCAGAAUCAUAUUUCUGGUGUUUUCUUGUGAUUAUGUUUUGAAAGGUUUUUUUACUUUGAAAUCCAUGACGUAUUUUCUACAACUUUGAAUGCAUCUUUAUGGCAUCAAAUUGAUUUAUAUUAAAAAUAUGAAAUGUUUCAUGAUUAUAGUUCUUUUCAAAACAUUAAAAUGUAAUAGUGACUUGAUGGCUUCAAACUUCAAUUCGCAUGCAAUAAGGGCUUUAAAGAAGAAAUUAUUUAUUCAGCCUCUGUUUUAAUGCUAUAUUUUACACACUGGCACUUGGUGAGAUUCUCAGGAAAUGUAUAAGUGAUGUGUAACUGGAAAGAUCAGCGUAAAUUUUGCUGGUCACACCCUUUCAGGAAAUUCUGGCCCAACUUUCACUUCUGUCAUUCAAAACUAAAGUUAAAACUCCAUGUGCUGCCACUGUUUUGAGCAAGGUUAUAUUAUCUUUCAUCAUUGUGUCUCCAACCUUUCUAUGGUUGGCUCACAAUAUUCUGUAGAAGUUGCUGCUUGUGUUUAUAGUUUCCAAACCUUGUGGAAUGGGUUGUAGUGUUGCAGGGAUGUCAGGAGGUGAUUCAUAAUUUGCUUCUUGAGAUCCACAGUAAUUAGUAGCAUAAAGAUCCCAUGAGACAAUUGGGUCUGCCAAAUACCACUCUCAAUCUGUUCAGUCUCUCCUAUGUUUCCUAACUGUAAUUGGAAUCAAAUGCUGUCUUUCUGCUGGAAGUAGUUUCUCAUUAGGUCUAUUCAGUAGCUCUACUGCUUAAUUUCUUCCAUCCUUUUUCCCUGAGAGAAGUUAUGGCUGAUCCUGGUGAUGUAGUCAAUGGUACAAUGGAGGUCACAAAGCCUUUAUUAAAUAAGAGGCAACAAUGUGCUGGCUGAGGUCUAUAUACUGGGUGGGGAUCACCAGACUCUUGUACUUGCUGGUGGUUGUCACCAGCCACUUUCUCCUGAUGUUUGGGGUGUGUUAAGGCAGGAAACAGGUGUGGCCUUUAAGCAGCCAAUCACAAUUCUGCAUGUGCCAUUUGGGGUGGCGUCAAGCAUCCCUAGUUGGAGGUGGUAUAUUUAGCCAAAAAAAAACAUUGUAAAAGCAGUAGUGCAUGCAUAAAUUUGGAAUAUGUGAAUUUUCUCAGAAUGGUGUUUCAUUUACUCAUCUUGGCGUUGGUAUUUAGUAUGUAUUUUUUUGUAAGUGAGUGUACUGUCCAGUGCUAUCCCUGAGCACACUGGAUGUUUCUGAUGUUUGAGCCUGAGGUCUCCUCAAGUGACAUUCAGCUGUAUUCCACACAAAGGGGUGUUUAGUACUGUUAUAGUAUGUCUAUGUUGUCCAAACCAUUUCCAAUAUUGAUCAGGUGAUGAUUCCAUAUUUAUGUUGUUGUUAAUAUGGACAUUAUUUUCACAAGCCAUUUACUGUCAUGUGUAUAGUUGACUUUACAGAAUGGUUGUUUUUCUUAAAAUAGUAUUUUUUAAAUAAAUAUGAAGAUUUCUGAAUGACGCCUCCAAAUAGUUGUAAUGGAUUGUAUCA